AUGGCAGUGGUUCUGGCAAAUACAACAUCACCGAAAUUAUUGAACUACGGCAAACAUCAGAUAAAGCCAUCGUUUGCCACUGUUUUAUACACUGUAGAUGGUACUCUCAAUGUCUGUUCCAAAUGUAUUGCCAUGUUUCCUACUCUUCAUUCACUUGAGAACCACAUGGAAAGAUGCACCAUUCCAUACAAGCCAAUCUACGAGGAAGACACCUUUAAGGUUUCCAAGAUAGAGGCCCUCAAAAACAAACAGCUACUUUCAAUGAUUUCGCAAAUGUUUAUAAAGAGUAAGACAGUGUACUUUGAGGUCGACAAGUACGACUUUUUCAUAAUUUAUGACCAGGAAAUUAUUGGGUAUUUUAGUAGGUACAAGAACGGUAGACACUCAUUAAACUGUUUUCUUGUAUUUUCCUGCUUUCAAAAACAAGGUUGGGGAACAGUACUCAUGGACUUUAGUACAAUACCAGCAGUACGUAUCACCAGCCAGGGUAACAAUAACGACAUUAAGCAGGCCAGUGCAAAGGGCGAUACCGUUGACUUAUCCAAUGUUGUUUAUGAUCCCAAACCCCCUGAAAAACCUUACACAAAAAAGGCAAUAUUGUGCUUUCGGAAGUAUUGGAAAUAUAAAGUGAUUGGAGCCCAGACAGUUGCUGAGAUUUCUAGAAAAAGCAACCUCACACUUGAUGAGACUGUUGUUGGUCUUGAGCUGAAUGGAUUUAACUUUAAAAAAUGGAAAAUUGAAGGGGAAAUAGGAGUCGAAAAGCCAAGACUUUUGUCAAAGAAAGUAUACAAAAAAUCCCUGGCUCAAAAUUAA